AUGGAAGCUAACAUAGACCCCUCCCAGUCACUACCUCUUUAUGAUCUCAUCAUCUUAGGGGCUUCAGGUUUCACUGGCAAAUAUGUUGUCAAAGAAUCUCUCAAGUUCCUCAACGUCCCUUCUUCUCCUCUCAAAUCUCUUGCCCUUGCUGGUCGCAAUCCCACCAAAUUAGCUCAAGCCCUUAAAUGGGCCUCCCACCCCGACCCUCUUCCUCCAAUUCCUAUACUCACUGCUGAUACCACUGACCCAGCUUCUCUCCACCUCCUCUGCUCCCAAUCCAAGCUCAUCCUCAAUUGUGUCGGUCCCUUUCGCCUCCUUGGCGAGACUGUUGUAGCUGCUUGUUCAGAAACUGGGUGUGAUUACCUGGAUAUAUGUGGGGAGCCUGAGUUUAUGGAGAGAAUGGAGGUGAAGUACCAUGAGAAGGCGAUGGAGACAGGUUCUUUAGUGGUUUCUGCUUGUGGGUUUGAUUCAGUUCCGGCUGAAUUGGGAUGGAUGUUUAAUUCCAAGCAGUGGGUGGCUCCGGCUGCACCAAACCAAAUUGAGGCCUAUUUGAGCCUGGAGUCAGAUAAAAGGAUUGUUGGGAAUUUUGCCACGUAUGAAUCGGCAGUUCUGGGAGUGGCCAAUGUCGAGCAGUUGGCGGAGCUGAGGCGAUCAAGGCCCAAAAGAGCAAGGCCAGUGAUUCCUGGUUCCUUUCCUCCCAAAGGACCAAUGAUAGAUCAUCAAAAGGAGAUUGGUCUUUGGGCUGUGAAGCUACCUUCUGCAGAUUCUGUUGUUGUUCGCAGAACUCUUACAACUCUGACAGAAAACCCUCAUGGUCUUCCUGGGGUCAAUGAGAGUCCUGAACAGAUAAAAAAGAGAGAGGCUUUCUGGUCAACAAUAAAACCUGCCCAUUUUUCGGUGAAGCUAGGCUCUAAAACACUACUGGGAAUCUUACGAUUCAUUAUAGUUGGCAUGUUCAUUGGCCUCUUGGGUAGAAAUGCCAUUGGGAGGUGGCUUCUCUUAAAGUUCCCUUCAUUUUUUAGCCUUGGUUGGUUCAGGAAGAAGGGUCCCUCAGAAAAUGAGGUGAGAAGUGCUUCAUUCAAGAUGUGGUUUAUUGGACGUGGUUUUAGCGACACAAAUGUUUCUCAGGACAGAAUGAAACCUGACAUGGAAAUAAUAACACGAGUAAUGGGACCUGAGGUUGGCUAUGUAACCACCCCAAUCAUCUUAGUUCAAUGUGCUCUUAUUCUUCUAAGUCUCCGUAAUAAUCUGCCAAAGGGAGGAGUUUUCCCACCAGGGAUCGUUUUUGGUGCGACAGAUCUCCAAGAACGGCUGAAACAGAAUGGAAUCUCUUUUGAUCUCAUUUCAAAGAAUGCUAUCCUGGCUUAA